AUGUAUGGUGACUUCUGUGAACUAGCUUGCUCCACAAACUGUAAGAACACUUGCGAGAAAGAUUCUGGACAUUGUAUUGAUUGUAUUAAUGGCAAGCACGGAGACACUUGUCAGCUUGAUUGUUCUGACAACUGUAGAGAUAAAACCUGCAUGAAGGACAAUGGAUAUUGCUUAGAAUGUAUUCCUGGAAAAUAUGGUGAUAGGUGCGAGGCUGAUUGCUCGGAAAACUGUAAAGAUCGGAAAUGCAUGAAGAGCAAUGGACACUGUAUAGAAUGCAUUGAAAGAAAAUACGGAGCCAUGUGCGAGAUUGAUUGUUCUAACAAUUGCAAAGACAAAAUAUGCAAGGAAGACAAUGGAUUUUGCUUAGCCUGUAUUCACGGUAAAAAGGGAAGCCACUGUGAUAUCAACUGUGCUUUGAAUUGCACGACAUGCAACCAAACUUCAGACCAGUGUUUUGCAUGCAAGCCGGGAUUCUAUGGCAAUACCUGUAAUCAGGUGUGUCCUGGCAACUGUAAGGACAAAACAUGUGUACAAGAUACUGGCGUCUGCACAGAUCUUUUUAAUGGGAAACGAUUCGUGUUUGUAAUAUAUCAAUCUCUUUUUACAGAUUGUGAAGAUGGUUUCUUUGGUCCUAUGUGUGUUUCUUGUUCGACUGGAUGUGUCAAUCCUGUCUGUGACCAGUUGUCAGGGAAUUGUAGAUUGUGUAACGCAUGGUUCCAUGGUCGUAAGUGUGAUCAGAGUUGUCCAACCAAUUGUCAAGGCGGCAAGUGCUUUAAGAGUUCUGGACAUUGUACAGGAUGUGACCCCGGGUUUUACGGAAAAGACUGUACUCAGGCAUGCUCGAUGAAAUGUAACAACCUAAUCUGUAAUCAGACCUCCGGACUAUGUACAGACUGUGUACCGGGUCUUUAUGGACCAAACUGUACCCUAACCUGUCCAAUCAGCUGUCAGAAUGAUUGUGACAGAAAUACUGGCGAAUGCAAAGCAUGCAAAGAUGGAAAACACGGAUUGAUGUGCGAUCGUACAUGUUCAAGUCAAUGUAAACACAGAAGGUGCAUGCAAAUACAUGGCAACUGUGAAGGGUGUGUUCAAGGCUUCCACGGAGAUAACUGUUCCAAGACGUGUCCAGACAGUUGUAUACACAACACGUGUCUUCAGGAGAAUGGACAUUGUAAAGGGUGUAAAGCCGGAUAUUACAAUGACCACUGCGACAGGAGUUGUCCGCUUAGCUGUACAUUAAGCGUAUGUGAUCAGACCACAGGUUCAUGUUCAGGUAAAGAGCAAACAAACGCAGACGCUCCAAAUGCGAGUACAGUCGGAAUAGGGACCGGAUUUGGACUGAUCAUUGUGGUUCUGACCAUUGUGAUAAUUGUUUUGGUCAGACGUCUUUCGAGGAACCAACCGGACAAAACGACUCCCACUCAAAUGAUAGCUAGGUCAGAGUUGAAGAUGCGAGAGAAAAACACAGAUACCACUUACGACGAGAUAGGCGUCAUUGGAACGAAUGAUGCGAACUAUGAACAGCUUGGCCCUCCGCAGAAUGAACCAACACAUGUUUACCAGAAUAUUGCCAAGACAAGUCAGUAGUAAAUGAUCCCAAUAAAGAAUGGAAUGUAGUAAGGGGCGAUAACUCUGUUAUCAUUCUUGCGGAACGUAAUAACAGUAUCGGCUAAUUCGCCCAUUUUGCCGGCUAUUGUAGCGAUUCUAGUGUGGAAAAAUGGCACAUAAAAUUUUGCUGGUUUUUUGAACCAUUGUUAUGCUCGAUCUAAAUCUGGAUUUAUCUGGUAUUCUUUUGGAAAUUCGUAUUUAGGAGAUA